UAUGUAUACACACAUAAACGCGCGCAAACUGGAUGUAUUCAUUUCAUUUUUGUCUUAACCUAACACUUGUGUAUUGAUGGUAGUCAGCAACAGCCGCUUAUCGAAGUAAAACAUCAUUUAAAAUAAUUUGUCAUACUAAAACAGUAUGACAUUGCAAUUUUGGUAAGAACCCAGUAUUGGUUUGCCUUUUAGUCAUUUAUCUUAACACUAACGUUAAUAUCCUGCACAUAUGAUUGCCACUAGCUUUACACUACCUAAGAGGAAUUGAGCAGAUCUCGCAUCCAAAUUCCCACAUCCAAAGGUGAACUGCUCGACAUGUAUUACACUGAGUAACGUCAGGUUCUGUACGGCAUGUUAUUGUCGAAGAUUUUAUUUUUGUUAUAUUUAUAAUUAUUUAUUAUCUGUCGAUGACGUAAUUUCCAGAUUCACGUUGGCACCCUCAUAGAGCAGUGCUAAGGUGGCGGAAAGGGUGUGAACACCUUUUUCAGUGGUUUUAAUUAGCGAUGGCAAUGCGAUUUUCCAACUUACAUGGCAGUACGACUGGAAAGUCGAUGGCCGUACAAGUUACUCAUCACUGCCGAAAUGAAGGGCGAACCACAAUGGUCUUUGUUAGCUGAGCGUUCCUCAUAACAUUUAAUGUGUCUGCUUGUGAGUGUGUUUACCCAAGCUAUAGAACCAAACCGGUACCUGUAAGAAAUCGGGCAGGGUUUACUGAAACGAAACGCACCAUAUGCCAAGUCAGAGCAUCUAGGUGGAAACUGAGCACACAGCCCUCCCCGUCUCAUCUUUCUCCUCCCUCCCUCCGUCCCUCCCUUCGUCUUCCUUGGGUCUACAGACCAGUCCCCGUUGUUCCGAUCUUGUCUUGUGCUCGUCUCGUUUUUAUAACCAGUUAUAGGAUAUCGAAUGCCGCCAGCAUGUGAGAAUAAAGGACACGUCGGUAGUUUAUCGAAACACUAAACUCUGAAGGCGGGUUAGAUAAUUCGAUAACAAGAAAUAUACUGAGAAAAUACUUCAAAGAAUAGCCUGGAUUUGAAAACGGGGGGCUCGACGAUCCCCAUCUCACCCCUGCAAACUGGAUAUCGGAAUGGUGUGUCGGGACCCCAGUGGGUUCGGAAAUGUGCCAUGUUUGUGCGAGCAAUGAGCCUGACAGACAUGUCUGGUGUCUUGCCCAGAGCAUUGACAUUGCAAUUGCCGGCUCAGAGUACUGAUAAUCUGGACAGCUCCAGGGAGCCCACAACACGCUCAGUGGGCAGCACAGCCAACUUGAAAGGGAAAAUGAGCAAAAGGUUAUCCAUUGUGAAAGGCCAUUUCCCCAAACUAGUUGACUGUGCUCACUUCCACUAUGAAAAUGUGGAUUUUGGAUCCAUUGAGUUGCAGUUGGCCAACACACAGAAUGAUGCCAGCUGGAGCUCCAGUUAUGCCAAGGACUUGGUCUUCCUAGUCCAGGUGUCCUGCAAGGGCAAAGCAUGGAUGGUGCGCCGGUCUUACGAAGAGUUCCGCACGCUGGACGCUCACCUGCACCAGUGCAUCUAUGACCGGCGUUACUCACAGCUGCUGCCCCUGCCGGGCCCCAGCGAGAUUGGGGACAAGCUGGAGAUGCUCAAUCCGCUGUUGUCCGAGUACCUGAGUCGUCUUUCCAUGAUUGUGGACAACAAGCUCAACUGUGGGCCUGUGCUCACUUGGAUGGAGAUUGACAACCAUGGCAACCGGUUCCUGCUGAAAGAGGAAGCGUCGCUGAACGUCCCCGCCAUCGCCGCCGCCCACGUCAUCAAGCGCUACACAGCACAGGCCAGUGAUGAGAUCUCCAUCGAGGUAGGAGAUAUCCUGUCAGUGAUUGAUAUGCCGCCCAAGGAGGACACUAGCUGGUGGAGAGGCAAACAUGGAUUCCAGGUUGGCUUCUUCCCCAGUGAAUGUGUGGAGCUCAUCAGUGAGAAGGUCCCACACUCAGUCAGUGCCCCAUCAUCCAAAGAUGGAGAUCUAAGUGGCACAAAGCCAGGUCUUGUGAAUGUGGCCACACCCCCUUCUCCCACAUCAGUGCUUCAGCCUUGGUUCCUAAGAGUUACUGUAUCCAAGAAGCAUGGUAAACUGAUGGGCUUCCUGCGUGCAUUUAUGAAGUCCAGGCCAACAAAGCAGAAGCUGAAGCAGAGAGGCAUUCUGAAGGAGAGGGUGUUUGGCUGUGACCUGGGAGAACACCUGCUCAACUCUGGGAACGAUGUUCCCCAGGUUCUGAAGAGUUGUUCAGAGUUCAUUGAGAAGUUUGGUAUUGUGGACGGAAUCUAUAGACACUCCGGUGUGUCAUCCAACAUACAGAAGCUCAGGCAUGAGUUUGACAGUGAAAAUGUGCCUGAUCUGACCAAGGACCUGUACAUGCAGGACAUACAUUGUGUGGGUUCUUUGUGCAAACUUUACUUCCGGGAGCUACCGAAUCCACUGCUCACCUACCAGUUGUAUGACAAGUUUGCUGACUGUAUGGGAGACAUGACUGAGGACGAGCGCAUGGUGAAGGUCCAUGAUGUCAUUCAGCAGCUUCCACCACCUCACUACAGGACCCUGGAGUACCUUAUGAAGCAUCUUGCUCGCCUGGCCACCUACAGCAAUGAGACCAACAUGCACAUCAAGAACCUGGCCAUUGUCUGGGCGCCCAACCUGCUGCGGUCCAUGGAGAUUGAAGCAGUUGGGCUAAACGGAGCCAAUCCAUUUAAAGAGGUGCGCAUCCAGUCUGUGGUGGUGGAGUUCCUUCUGAGCAACGUGGAAGUCCUCUUCAGCGAUUCAUUCACAUCUGUGGGCCGCUUCAACACAGAGCGGCAAUCCCUGACCAGACCCAAGUCGUUUGUGUCCACCAAGCUGCUGACCCUAGAGGAGGCUCAGGCCAGGACUCAGGCCCCUUUGCUCCAGCUAGGAGCACCGCUGUCCUUCCAGGGCCAGUUCCACACUGUACUUGACCUACCUGAAGAAAGGAGGAAGAGGGGCUUUAAGAGCCGGAAGUCAGCGGGAGGAAGCUGGAAGACGUUCUUCGCCAUGGGGAAACAGGGAGGCUCUGGCCGCCGGAAGCCCAUGCGGAUCAGCUCCCUGUUCCAGCCGUCCACUUCCCAUGCUGGUUGCCGUGUUGAUAGUCUCACCCUGCGGUCAGCAAAAAGUGAGGAGUCUCUGUCCUCUCAGCACAGUGGGGCAGGACAGACGAAGAUGCAGCGUCUCCGCCGGCCGCGCUCCAGCAGCGACGGGCUCUCUCUUGCCUCCCCGGCCCAGCCUGAGCUGCUGUCCAAGCAGCCACCCAGUCGCUCCUAUGACAGCCUCCUGCCUGAUGACCCUCAUGCCCCUGGGGGGGAUGAUGCCAAUGAUGACAAUGCUGAUGACGAGGAAGGUGUCUAUAUGCUACCAGAUUUGUCUCGGGACCCUGCCUCGUCAUGGAUGGCAGAAGACGUGGUCGACUUUAGCCCCACAUUCCUUGAAGACGGCCCCAUAGGACUGGGCAGCAUCACUGGGGCCAACAGAGACUCCCCCAAUGCUGCCAAAUCGCCACCCUACCGCUGUGUUAAUCACAAGGGGCCCUCCCACUCUCGCUCCCAGAGCCAGCGCUCCGUCACAGAGGAUCCGGACUCGGUGCUCAAUCAGUCGGAGGUGGCAGCCCGCAGGAGUCUCAUCCUAGCUGCAGUCUCACCGCCCGUACAGAUGUUCCUCCAGCACAAACCCUCAGCAGUGGCCCAGCACACAGAGGCCAGCAGCAGCCCCCCCCACAGUCAACCUGUCACUGCCUCCACCUCCUCACAUCUGUCUCAAGAGCGGCGCUCUUUCACCCGCAAGGUGGUGCAGGCGCUUUCUCCCAAGGCACCAAAGUAUCCUCCACUAGAUAUCUCAGACCCUGUCGCCAUCAGUGUCCCAGCGAAGGUCCUGGAGAUGAUAGGUGGCCGUGCUGGGGAACUUCAGCUAGGACCACAUAGUGCUACACCCCCCCAACCACCUCAGAUGAUUUCAAUGCUGCUUAGGUCAUGUGACUUCCAGCUAACGGAGAACUGCCAGCAGGAACUGCGCAGUAAACUGGGUGCAGAGGUCAAGGGUCAAGGCAUUCUCUUCUCCCCCAGCCCUGUCGUGCCCUCACAGCAGCCACCCCCACCUCCGCCCAAAAACCCUGCACGGCUUAUGGCCUUGGCCCUGGCAGAGAGCGCCAACAAAGCCCUGCGGGGGGAGAGCAUUUCACCCCCAUUCUGCUCCCCCCAGUUCCAGGAGAGCCCCUCCCUCAUGGGCCCCCCUGCUGACACAGACAACGUGCCGACCUCGCCUUCUGAUGCAAACCAACUUUACUCCACCGUCCGCCCAUUAUCUGCGUGGAUGUCUGAGGGCAAGACCAACACAGCCGACCCACAGGAGGGGCCGCAGCAGGCAGGCAGUUCUCAGGGGCCGGAUACAGGCACUCUUUCCUCGCAGACAUCGGCCUCUGACUCUGGGGCAUCUAACUCUGAGGUGUCAGCUGGUAGCUCAUCUGGAGAAUCGAAUACAUCUCCAGGUCUGGUCUACAAAAACCAGCAGCAGCAACAGCAACAGCAGGCACAGCAUAAAAUUCACAGCCUGUUCCCUGAAGAACAACCUAACAAUGAUGAAGCUUCAUCUCAGACGAAGGUUCCUCACUAUUCCCGUCAGUUCUCUGCUCCCCACCAACAGAACAAACCCUCCACCCAGCCUCAGCUCCUGCACUCCAAGUCAGAGAGCUCCCCGCUGGCCCAGGUACACGCUGUCCAGCCCCCACGACCCAAGGUGUUCUCCAGACCACUGGAUCAAACUCCUCUCUCCCGGGCUGACAAUUUCAUGCGACGUUCCCUGGAUGCUGCCCGAAUUCGGCGCAUUAUCACCCAGUCGCAGAACCCUAGUGCCCCACUGUCGCGGGCAUUCUCUGAGCGCAUAAGUGGGACGUCACAUGUGGUGCCGCGUUACCAAGCUUCACAGCUGCCCAGCCGCUCAGCUUCCACUGCCAUGCGGCCUCAGGCGCCCCAGGCUUCUAAGAUCCAGCCCAUAGCAGCUACAGAGGAUCAGGGCAAAAUGGAGAACUUCUACUAUGAAAUAGCUGCACCUGAACAUCCACCACCCAGUUACACCCGGCACAGCUACCAGAACAUGAGGCUGGAUGCAGAGGGGAACUACCGUCCUGGUAACACUGAGGCAAGCCAGCAGCCUCUCUCCAGAGUCCCACCCCAAAAGCACAGUCCACACCUCAGCCAUGUAUCCAUGGUGACCAAGGGACCCCAGUUAUGGUCUUCUGAAGUCACACGUGCCUGGGCGGCAGCACAGUCCCACUCACACUCUUUUUCUCACGGCCAUCAUCGUCCUCAGGAGAGCUCCCCAAUGCAUCACCCCCUGUGUCACCUCUCCUCCUCAGUCAGGCUGUCCUCAAACCCCGCUAUGGGUAUACCACUCUCAGUCCACCAGCGCCACCAGCAUCGAUCCCAGUAUUCCCCCUCUGAUCUUGCUGCUUCACAGUUGCACCCCUACUUUGAGAAUGGCAAAGUGUGCUACCGACAUUUUGAGCCCUUUGGCGCUGAGAAUCAUCAUUCCCUGGCCGAGAUGCCAGUGCAGUCACCCUCUUCGCUGGUGUUGAGGCCAUUACCAAAGCAGCCAGAGCAGUCCGAACCCAUCUAUGUGAAUUUCCCCAUCAGCAGCCCCAUUCCUGCCAGUAAAACCAAAAGCUGGGCCACCACUGACUUAGACGGAGACUCCCAGCAAUCAUCUGACUCCCUGGCCCCACCUUCUGAUGUGCUCGCCGAUUCCUCCAACCCUGAUGCUAAACAAGAGAAUCCUAAACGAUUGGCUUCUUCUUCUUAUGACAGUCCAGCACAAGUUGAGGUUGAAGACGGCCUGGUUGCCAAGACAACAGUAGCAGCUGUGGGACAUGCUCAGAGUCGCUCAGACACCCAGAGUGCCACUGUGGAUUCCAGCCAGAAACUGACUGGGAAAGAAAUAGCCUCUCUGCUUAUUGAGAAGCUGGCAGAGGAUGAAGGGGAUGGCCUGUGUGCUGUCACCUCCUCCUCCACCUCCUCAUCACCUCCACUAGAGCACCCCCCAAAUCCCUAUCCCAGCCAGCACCAGCACUCCUACAAUGUCUACACAUCUGGACCAUUUCAUAGUUAUUUGGAGGGCCAGGCCCCACUGCGUGGAGAGGCACCAGGCUUUCAGCGACCAGACCCUCUACGAAGGUCCACCUCGUCAGGCGGACACUACCGACAAGCCUUCGACGUAAUGCCAUCUGGUGAUCAAGUACUGAAAUUCUACCAUGCACAGGAUUUUAACCCGAACCCCUACCCUGUUCAUCCCCAUUAUCAGGACCAAUUCUAUACCAGCCAACCCUCAACAGAAAAUACCCUUACCUCCACUUCUGGCCUCCUCACAAACCUGUCACUAGGAACACCACGAGGGUUUAGUGCUCAACCAGGAGGUUAUCCAGCAGUCUCAUAUCAGCACAGUCAAUAUCCUUUCCAAUCUGCACCCAUGCAGGCCCCAUAUCCCAGCGCACCACGCAGAGAGGCAGUCUUGAAUCCUUCACUUCAGUCAUCUGGGCUAAGAAGCCAAAGGGGCCUGGCUCGUCAAGGUAGCCUUCCGGGACCUAACUGGACUGUCCACUCUGAGGGGCAGACACGCAGCUACUGCUGAAUGGGUGUGACCAGAAAACUGAUAUGCUUGGAGCUUCCAGUUCUGAGGUUUGAAGGAUAAUGUGAAAACUCGCUGUGUGACCCCAUUUAAGAAGAACAAGACAAGAAAACAUAUGUGAUCCUUGUUUUCAUCUGAGACUGCAAUUUACUAUAUAUAUAUAUUGUGUGUGUGUGUGUGUGUGUGUGUGUGUGUGUGUGGAUAUUUGGUGGGGUAUUUGUACCCAUCACCCAAUUUUUAAUCAUUUUAUACCAACCCUUUUAUCCCUCAGCCAAUGACCCAUAUUUCACCCUUGUUAAUGGAACAACAUAAAGAGGACACUGAUGACCACUGAUGGCCUAGAUUUGAAAACAUUCCAAAACGCUUCCUCCAAGAGAAUAAAUGAAUAGCUGCUCUCUCAACAUAUAUAUAUAUAUAUUUAUAUAUAUAUAUAUAUAUCCGUACAUGACGAUUUUUUUCUCUGCUGCAGAGAAUUAGUAUGUUUUUUUUUUUUUGCCUGAUUCAGUUUGUCACAGGCAGUGAAGUAUCAUUUUUCUUUUAAAAAAGUUGCUUCUCUGUAAAGAAAUUGGAUUCCUGUUAAUAUUUUUUUUUUUAUUUAUUUUAUGUUUUGAUGCGUUUUUUAUGUUAUAUGUGUGGGCGUGUGUGAAUGUACAGUAUGUUUUCAGUAUUUGUCUACCUGAAGGUUAUCAAAAAAGCACAUUUUACUGGAAGAAAAAUCACUACAAACCGGGAAAUACUGCCUUGUGUGAAAGGGAAUGUGUUUCUUUAUCGUUUUGCAUAAUCUUUUUCAGUAGUAGUCAACUAGUUAGUUGCCUUUAAGAAGACUCCCCAGGAGUCUAUGCCAGAGAGUGUUUCUUGCAAUCUAAAGCAUUGUAUCCUUGAAGGAUGUCUUGUUUUGAAAUUGUAAUUAUUUUAACAUGCUUUAUGCAAAGCAAUGUAUACUGUAAAUAGCACCUAGUCAUAGCCCCCCACGCCCGCCCAUAUAACUAUCUAGGUUAAGAACCUAGUCCUAAACGUACAGUAGCAGUGUCCUGCCUGCCUUCUCUCAAUGGUUUUCAGUUGUGUUCAUUUUAUUAAUUGACUCCUGACACCAACUACGCGAGGACAAUGUCACUGAAGUUGUCCAAGCACAUUAGGUGUAGCCAUUCGAUAUGUCACUCCAAUGACAAGGGCUGAGCUCUCCUCCACAGACAGGCACAGUGUACCAGAUAUCAGUCGUUUACGCAGUCUGCAGUAGUAAGAGAGGACAUUUUGGGAAGUGUUUCAGGUUUUUUUAGUGCUGAACCAACAGUAUGGUUGAUCAUUUAUUUUCAGAAAUUAUUUAGUUAGUUUCAUUCCGCAUUCAAGAAAAUAUUAAAGUAUAUUUAUACUACAGUGUGCAUAAGAUGUUUUUGAUUCCUUGAUUGCCUAGUUCAUCUUUCAUAUUUCUCAAGCAAAGGUAUUAUUGCAUCAUUCCGUCUGUGCAUUCGCCACUUUUCAUUAAAUUUAUUUAUCAUAUUUAUAUGCAGAAUGUUUUACCAUUUUAACAUGUCAAGGAACACAAAAAAAUUGUAGGGGUUGCAUUACUAAGCUGUACUGUAAUGUCUGUGCCUUUCUAGUGGACGAUGCUGAUUGGCUUCAACAAAAUUUAGUCUUAAUCAUUGAGUACCUAAUCCAGUGCAAAUAUUGUUGUCUAGCUUGUUUAUAGCAGCUGUUUGUUGGUCUGCUGCAGUAGUGCUGUAAUUGAGCUGGACCCAACACUCUCGAAAAUCUCUUCACCCAGAUUUACUUUAAGAUAAGGGAUGUUUGCACAGUGCUAUUUUAGAUGGUCUCACUCAGUACUAGUUGUAGGCAUAAUUGAUUAACAAAGUAAAGUUCUGAAACAAAAGAAAAGUCUAUCUCUGUCUGAGUGUCUUUGUAAGCAUCUAUUUUAUUUCAUAUCUAUGCAGUGAAUAAAUACAUUGAGAAGUUCUUUAAAAUCAGAAAUUCUUUAAAAUGACUGUACUACCUAAGUGUGUGUUAAGGUUUGUUUGUUACAUGAGUUGAGACCAAUAUUCUGUCAGCCUUAUAGCACUUUCCAAAAGGCAGUUCAUCUUUUUGUAUUUUUUCCAACUUGUGAUUUAAAAUCUGACAGUUGCAUCAAAGAAUAAAUCUUUCAUUUGUUUUUCUAAUAUUUUUGUAAUGUGGCACAAAAACAGCCGUAGAUUGCAUGUGGGAUGUAUGAGUGUGCUGCAAGAGCAGAAUAAAGGAUAGCUUAAAGGACCAACUUUGGAAGACAAGUGUGAUGAAGUUGCAUUGAUGAUAUUAAUAAAUUGUACUGAGCUGAC